AAGUCAUCUAGUAAUGUCAGAAUAUAAUUAUUCACAAUGUUGGCGGCAUUGGCGUUCACAUGAAUUACAUGCGAGCCGCUUGUGGAAAAGUAAACACGUGGAUCCUCAAAAGGAUUGAUAGGUUAGAAACGCAGAUAUAUAUGUACGCUCUUGAAUGUACACAAUUUUAAUAGAAAGUGCUACAAGAUGAAGAAAAAUUUGCGGAAAAAUUUGCGGGAAAAUCCUCUCAGUCGACGGAAAGAAAAAAAUGAUGUGGCGGAUGAUCAACCGAGUACUUCGACGGAUAAAACUUCAAAAGUUUUGCUGCCAUCCGACAGUAACUUCAAUCACAUCAAAUGCAAAGCAUUGAGAUAUCAAAAAUGCCAGGAAUUGAUGAAGGAACGAGCGAAGGCGAAGAAAGCAGCGAGAAAAGCAAGGAUACAAGAGGAUGCUCCGAAACAGACGCCACAUACUAUAGAGAGUCUGCGAGAGAAGGAUGAGACUAUGAUAAUAGGUGAUCUGGACGAUGAGGCAAAUCAGGAAAUCAAGGCUGAGUUUGAACAAGAUGAAUUCGCUGCCUAUUACAAGCAGGAAUAUGAACCCAAAGUGCUUAUUACAUAUGCCGAUAAUCCAAACAGAAAGACAAGAAUCUUUGGCAGAGAGCUUACGAGAAUAAUACCCAACUCUAUUUCAUUGUACAGAAAUCGCUCUGGUGUUAAAAAGAUGGUCAAGAGUGCUACUGCCAGAAAUUUUACAGACAUAGUAAUUGUUAACGAAGAUCAAUGCAAGCCAAAUGGCCCUACUGCACACUUCAAACUCAGCAAUGUUAAAAUAACGACGGAUUUGAAGCGGAGCCAUAAAGAAUUCACAGAACACAGACCAGAAGUUAUUCUUAAUAAUUUUACUACGCGCUUAGGUUUUACCAUUGGCAGAAUGUUGGGAGCAUUGUUUCAUUAUCAGCCAGAAUUUAAAGGAAGGAGAGCAGUGACGUUCCACAAUCAAAGAGAUUAUAUAUUUUUUAGACAUCAUAGAUACGAGUUUAAUCUCCAGACUGGAAAACCGAGAUUGCGAGAAUUGGGUCCACGAUUUACUCUGAAAUUAAGAUCGUUGCAGCAUGGAACAUUUGACAGUAAAUAUGGCGAUUAUGAGUGGAUUAUCCAAGGCCGCAGACACGACAUGGAAACAAGCAGAAGAAAGUUCUUUUUGUAAACUUUAUGUAUUAGAAUUAUUUUUGACAGAUAAAUUCAUUGAAAAAGAUUGAUCAUUAUUAUAUGCCAAAUAUGUAAAUAAACUUUAUUAACUUCGUACAAAAAUAAGAAUGUAUAUCACAACACUUAUAAGAAUAGAGUAUUUAAUUGGUUGAAGA